AUGACGGCAUUAGAUGAAUGGCAGAAAUUAAAAGCUAUUGCUAUAGAAUUAUCAGUUAUUACGAGUCCUGGUUUAUGUGAAUGUAGUCGUUGUGAAACCAAACGUCAUACAAAUCUUGAAACAAAAGAGAAUUAUCCUUUAUUUUCAUUAGAAAAAUCCUCGUCUUUUCCUGAAUUACCUAAAGUUUCUUAUCAACCUGCUUCAUUAGACUCUUCUAUUCAUGACGCUUCAUAUCAACGCUUAUUUGAAACUGUUUGUUGCAUUCUUGAACGUUCUUCUAACGAAUCUUCUUCUUUCCUAGCACGUCAUACUUGGUGUCAAGAUAUUUCUCUAUAUACUGUAUGGAACACAAUCCAACAAUCACGUACUGCAAGUCUUCCUUUAUUAGUUCGCUCAUUAAGCACUGAAAGUUCUGCUUCUUUGAUGCAUAAUACUCCUUCUACUGCUUCUGUUGGUAGAAGAUUUCGUAAGGAUGUUCAACAAUUGCUCGAAAAAGCUUUUCAAUGUAAACCUUGGCCAAAUCCUGUAGAAAAAACAAUGCUAGCUCGUCGUUGUGGAUUGACUGUUCGCCAAGUAGGUGUAUGGUUUUCUAAUCGCCGAGCUCGUUGUUGGCCUACUUCUACAACAAUUGCUACUGCAUGUUAA